GCCACUGUCUCGACCGCAGCGCCAACCCAAACCCUCUAUCCGCUCAAAAACUCUCAAUCCUUAAUUUAUUCAACAAAAAAACAAACCAAAACUCCACUCACUUUGUCUGUCUUCCCAGAAUCUCACUUCAAAACAAUGGCCACGCCCACUGAUUUUGUCGAAAGGUUCGCUUUCGCUUAGCAUGGAGGCACGCAGGCUCGCCAUUCUCUGUUCCCAUCUCCGCCCAGUCGGUUCGGGUCAGGGUGAGACUCCGUCCAGAUUCUCACGCGUUUCCUAUUCGGAUUGUGCUUCUGGCGGUGGUUCUGAGGGGAAGGAUCAGCGGAACGACUGCGUUUUCUGCAAGAUUAUACGCGGUGAAUCACCGGCUCUCAAGCUGUAUGAAGAUGAUGCUUGCUUGUGUAUACUGGAUACCAAUCCACUGAGUCAUGGGCAUUCUCUUAUCAUUCCAAAAUCUCAUUUCCCAUCAUUAGGGGCCACUCCACCAUCUGUGGUAGCUGCUAUGUGUUCGAAAGUGCCUUUUAUCAGCGAUGCAAUAAUGAAAGCUACCAAUUGUGAUUCAUUCAACUUGGUAGUUAACAAUGGUGCAGCUGCUGGCCAAGUUAUAUUUCACACUCAUAUUCAUAUAAUUCCUCGUAAGGCACGUGAUUGCUUGUGGCCUUCUGAGAGUUUGAGGAGGCAUCCCCUAAAGUUGGACCAGGAAACCUUAAAACUUGUAGAUUCUGUUCAAGAAGUGCUGUCACCAUCAAGCAACGCUGAAGAUAGCAAGGAUCAAGGAUCUAGUCUCACUAAAAAUCAGUGCAAUCAUUGAUCUGUGUUUGUUAUUUAUACUAUGAUGCUUGUCAAGACAACCUUUAUUCUGUGGACCAUUGGAUCCCAUUUGGAAGAAAGCACACAAAAUUAUUGAACCAAGGAGCUGCAUGUUGUUCAUGAAAAUGAACCAACUCAUGCACCAUCCGAGCCCAACUGCAGCGAGCGGAGCUUCACUCGCAUGUCCUGCAACAACGGCGGCGAUCGCCUAGUCUUGCCAAUUCAUCUCUAUUUCAUAUGAAUUGCCUGAUAUCUUGCUUGGAUUUUAUAUUGUUUCGUUUAGAUAUGUCACUGGCAAUGGCGUUAGGGUCCAAGUUAAGACAAUGAUGUGGUAUAGUUAUGUGCUAAAAAUAGAGCCAAUAGCAUAGAG